AUGGAACAUAUAAUCCAAACAGAAUGUUUGUCUCAGACCAUGUUUCCCUCAUCUCAGUUACUGUUUGGGCAAUUAACUAACCCUCCAAUCAAGCAAAUGGAUGACCCUUCGCGUAUUCCACCCACUGCCUCAGAGAGACGACGUCAUGCAUUAACUAAUACUAGUCGUAGUCGAGGUCGAGGUCAGGGUCAGGGUAGAGGUUGGGGUGAUGAUACUGUGUUGGAGGAAGCACCUCAAAUCUUGGAAGAGGAUGUGAUCGAUAAUGGUUCAGGGGAUGAUGAUGAUGCUGCUAAUAUAGAUCAGGCUGAGGAGGUACUCACUGGUCUGUUUCCUUGGGGGCCAUCAGAUCCAUCAGUACUGAAGAGCUUCAAGGCAUAUAUUGCAGCAGCUAUAUGGGAGCAAAAGGAGAAGAAUCCCUUAAGGUGUUAUAAUCAUGCAUCCAAGAUUCUUGAGUGGCGGUGGUGGUCAAGAACUGACAAUAGAAGGUUCAGAGACAUUGUGCAGCUGUCAGGCCUAUUUUCUUUGGUCCAUUGCACAUAUUGGUUCGUGAAUAGGAUUGUCAUAUCUGUAUUUGUUGAGCGAUGGCAACUAGAGACAAAUACUUUCUAUUUGACAGUUGGUGAGAUGACAAUGACAUUGGAUGGUGUGGGUACCAUCUUGGGGAUCCCUAUCACAGGUAGACCAAUUAGUGCUGCAACUUUAACAGAUCAACAAGCACAUGCACUUGUGGUAGAUGCCUUGGGAGUUGAUGAUGCUGAAGCAACUGAGGAGCUAUCAUCUGCUAGGGGACAAUCAGUGAAGCUGGAGUGGUUACGAAGCAAAUUCAGUGGUUGCAAAGAUUCACACAUGGAGGAAUCCAUAGCUUGUGCCGCCAGAGCGUAUUUGCUAUUUCUAUUGAGAUGUACACUGUUCAGCGAUAAGAGUGUGGCGAGAGUUCCUAUUGUGUACUUGCAGUUGUUGAUGGAUUUGUCUGAUAUUCAUAUAUAUGCUUGGGGUGCAGCUGUAUUGGCAUAUUUAUACUGA